AUGUAUACAUAUUUUAAUAUCUUCUUUGCAGAACUCGUCUACGAAGACGUGUUUCGCGUCUGGGAGACCAUCUGGUCAGCUCGACGCUUGGUCUGCAAUGACUUUGGUCCUUUCAUCGCGCUUUCCCUCGUUCAAUGUUAUCGCGACAUAAUUCUGCACUACGACAUGGAUUUUACAGACAUCAUUCGCUUUUACAACGGUAAUAAGCUCUUUUAG